CCCCACCCAGUCCCGGCACAGGUCGGGUAAUGAUAAUUAAUGAAAGAUCACCAGUCGGACCAUACCGUACCGUUACCAAAGGCGGUGCCGACGGUGCAGGCGGUGCAACUACAAGGACGACCCAGACGACGACGACCAUCGUGGAAACGUGGGCCAAACUGCUCGAACAUCAAUCGUCGAUGCAGUCCGCCCCGACAGGGGUGAUAGUGGGUGAAGAAAAUACGAGACCGGUAGAAGUUGACGAGGAAAAUACUGCGACCGCAAUGGGGUCAACGGUUUCCGCAACAACACAUAACUAUCAGCUCCGUUUUAACGUGAAGCUUCCGGCGGCGAAUACGUGAGCCUAACCAUGAGCGAUACAGUCAUUCUUCCACUUGUAUGUAAACCCUUUUUGAACAUUGUUGCACACUGAAAUUGAGAUUUACACAGGGUAAUUAUAGUUCCGUUCAUGCAGAAUCAGACGCGAACCGUACAAAACCGCUCUAUCCAGAUCAUCAAAUACGCUUUGUUAGGUCCGGAAUUGA